AUGUCUUUCUCUUUCUCCCCAGAUGUUCUCAUUGCUUUUUCAGAGAAACUUCAAUCCCCGCUGACAGAACUGCACACUAUCUUGGAGUGCUUUCCAAACGGGUUGUCGCUGGACCUCAUCAUCGGCCCUUUCCACGACGAUGAUCCAUGUAAUCCCGCACUACGUGUGUGGCUUGCACUGAACACGUCGCCCACAUGCGCUGAAGUUUCCGGUGUGCUGUACCAUCGACAACGUGAACAAAAGGUAGACGUAGCCGUAUAUGGACUUUUCGAUCUGUGUAGCAGUUCGCGGCUCACAUCACUACUCAUCGAGUCGUCGGCACUCCACGCACUCUCUCUUCUCAUCCUCCUCAUUUAUCUCGUGCAUGAUGACUUGACGAGCCUCCAUCCGCAAGUGAUACUUUCCUCCAUCACCGGAAUCGCCCCGACACUCAUUGUCGCAAGAGUUGCUUCCGGACAGGCACGUCUGGAGGACCCCCGCCAGUCAGUGACAACCCGGGGAUCUUCAGUUUACUCGCGUACGGCCCGUACCUCACUACACACAAGCCCAUUAGAUCCAGAGAGGUCGUAUCAGAUGACGCUGGAAACCCUCGACGGGGCCAAAAUGCCGUUGUUCGCACCUCUGGCAGCACCUUGA